CCGGGCCCGGGCUCCCCAGGGCCUUUUCCUGACAUGGCCGGGUGCUGGGCCUCCCCCCGCGCCCUUCUCCUGGCGUUCGGAAGGGGGGUUCGCUGGCAGCACGGCCAAGUCCUCAGUGCACCAGCCUGCUUUUGUGUUUUGGUGGGGUUUCAGGGAUUUUUUGGGGGGAUGGCACGUUCUGGGCCAUGUAUUCCCUCCACAGAUCUUUCUGGAAACGUGUGGGUUUGAGGACAGUAAACUUAGUCUCAUUCUGUCUGAGGUGAGGCUGCAGAGUCGCAGUGACUCAUGGUGGGGUGCUGGGAGCCCACUGCCGUGACUCAGGACCCCUCUGGGGUACACACGCGUUAAUCUUUUCAGAACUCUGCCUCAACAGUGUGGCAUUUUCUGAGGCCCUGAAGCUUGCAGGUCGCUGAGCCUGAGCAAAUCCCGUUCUGUCUCCCCACCAGGAACGUGGUUUCUUUUUUUUUUUUUUUUAGCCUAGAAUAAGAGACCUGCAGCUUGGGUCUGUUUGCUUCACCCUUCACAAGGUAGAUUUAUGGGUUUGGCAUUUACGAUCUGGUUCUUGUCAUCAGGGGAAUGGCUUGUGGAUUCUUCCUGCCUUGUGUGGGAGAUACAAGCUUUUGCAACACGUGUAAUCCGGCUCUCAGGUGUUGGGAGUGCGUGAAACAGCACUGGUAGGAAAGGAGGCUGCUCUUAAAAAAACAGAGACCCGCAGUUCCCUCGGGCUCACCUUGCUGGUGGAGCAGGCGUAAUCCUGAGGCAGAGCGGGAUGUGUGGGCUGGAGACAGCCGCGGGAUGUGGUUUCUCCCCUGGUGACUCAGUGGUGUGCCAUGGUGUGUGCAACGUGUCCCCAGCACCAUCCAUCCAGCUAUUACCCCGUAUUCCUGCAAUAAACCUGCCCCCAUGGGCGGUCGCAGUGGAGGGAACAGCGUCUUUGCCCCUGCAUGCUGUGAGCCUGACAGUGGCUGUGAUUCUUCUAGCAGUGCAGCGGCUGCAGGUCAAAGCCAAGAAUGAGCGAGAUGCACCGAGGGAGAGCGUGUGGGCUGGCACCCAGUGGGUUUGUCAGUGGCGGGGUGGACAGGGAGGUCGCUGUGGGCUGCCCUGGCUCUAACCCAGCUCUGCUUGGUUUCUCAUCACUGUGAGACAAGUGCAAGCAGGGAGAGAGAGUUAGCCAGGGCUGUUCAGAGAUGGACUUGUCAAGCGUGAUUGCAGUGGGAGAAUCCUGAAAGAUUGACCCCAAAGCCAAACUCCAGCAGGAGAGCUGGGAUGGGUCUGCUCUGGAAACUGCCCCUGCCUGGCUAUGCAGAACCUCUGUGCAGGCCAGUUCGAAGGGAGCUGAGAGCCCAGCCUGGCAGAAGUGAAGCUGGUCCCAUUCACUUGUCAGUUGUGCACUGUAACACUGUUUUUUAACCAGUUCUGUGGCACUUCCCUGGUUGAGUGGAGCUCACUGAAACAGUGUGGUGCUUGGAAGCUGUGGAUGAACAGGCAGGAUUUUUGUAGCCGGGCCACGUCAACAGCACCAAGGGCUCUGUUUGUUCUGGGCUGUGAUGGGGAGCAGGGGAAGUGGACAAACCUCCUCUAAUUGCCCUCUGAAUGGCUCUGUUUCUGCCCCCAGAGAGGAAACGGUUUUACCAGAACGUGAGCAUCUCGCAAGGAGAAGGAGGCUUUGAAAUCAACCUGGACCACCGGAAGCUGAAAACUCCCCAGGCCAAGCUCUUCACUGUCCCCAGUGAGGCCUUGGCCAUUGCAGUGGCAACAGAAUGGGACUCCCAGAAAGACACCAUCAAGUUCUACACCAUGCACCUGACCACACUGUGCAACACGGCGCUGGACAAUCCCACACAGCGAAACAAAACGCAGCUGAUCCGUGCAGCUGUGAAGUUCCUGGAGACUGACACUGUCUGCUAUCGUGUGGAGGAGCCAGCCGCCUUGGCAGAGCUGCAGAAGAAUGAAUGGGAUCCUGUUGUCGCCUGGGCUGAGAAAAGGUACAACGUGGCAAUUGGCUCCUCGACCAGCAUCCUGGGGCCGAACAUCCCAGCCAGCACCAAGGAGACCUUCAUCAGCCAUCUGGCAUCCUACAACAUGUGGGCCCUGCAAGGUGUGCCUGUCUGCGGGAUUUGCUCCAGUCCCUCAGUCGCCAGGCGCUCACUCUCCUCCCCUGAAGAGGGAUGUCUUGCAAGCCAGAAGCUGGUGGUGUGGCAGGAAAGAGCCCAGCAGCUGUGUCCUUUGCCAACAGAGUUGUCCCAGGACACAGCCCACCACACACAUUUGCACAGUGUUUUUCUAGGAGUGGUUAUAGAUGGGGACAGGUCUUUUAGCACCAAACAGUAUCCAAGUCCCUUUCAUCCUGGACUUUCAUCUGAGCUCUAGAAUACUCAGGCUGGAUGGGUAUCUCUUCCCUUUGCACAGGGCAGGUUUGUAGUAGAAUAAAAGGAAGCAGUUUCCAAGGCAUAGUCUUUGUCACUGCCAUGGGAUUGGCCAGAACAGCACUCUGUCUCUGCUGUUAACUGCAGAUCUGACACUUAAGUGCCCAGACGCAAGUGGGAGGUAUCACCAUCCCUGA